UUAUAGUUCGUGAUCAUUUCGCCGUCCAUAAAUACGAGUGACCCAAGAGUCGCCUUCAGGUGUGAUGGGGGAGACGGACGUCUGACGGACAACAGGAGCUGCUCCUUAAGUAUUAUCAAGAUGGUGAAGCUGACAGAGGACAUGGUGGUGGCCAGGUCCAAGGGGUCGGACCUGCAUAACGUCAGGAAGCUCAACUGUUGGGGCAGUGAGCUGUCUGAUGUUUCUGUAGUGCGGAAGUUGGAGAAUGUAGAAGUUUUGUCUCUGAGUGUGAACCGUAUUAGUACAUUAGCAGACUUUCAACAUUGCCCUAAUCUUCAAGAGUUGUAUAUUCGUAAAAACAAUAUUGCCGACAUCAAUGAAAUUCUCUACCUUCGUCAACUUCCCAAGCUGAAAAGUCUUUGGCUUGCAGAUAAUCCAUGUGCUGAAUUUGAGCAGUAUCGGCUAACAGUGUUACGGGCUUUGCCACACCUUCAGAAGUUGGAUAAUGUUGCUGUGGAUUCGGAAGAAGUACAGCAGGCUAUGGUAUGUGGAGUGCCUCUACCAGCUACAGAAGGGUCUAGGGGUGGAGAUGAGCGAGAGCUUCCACGAUCGAGCAGCGUGGGAGAAUCUUUGCGCAGUGAAUCUGGUGGUGGCAGCAGCAUGUCGGACUGUUCCCCUCCAUCUUCAGAGAGACGAUAUUCUCAGACCACAACUCCGACACGCUCCAGUCAUCAGGAUGUCUAUGGGCAGUCCUUGGAUGAUGACUAUGAAUACUCUCAGGCUGUCUAUGAAGAUGACGAACAACCUGUCACCCGCCGAGCGGGCUACAACCAUUAUUCUGAUCCUGAACGUAGAAUUUCACAAAUGUCGCAACACUCCAAUCAAGGCUCCUCACCACAGGUGGUGGUCGGUGAUGGAGGUAAACGCUGCCACAGUAGACGGUUAAAUGGUACACAGGCAGAGGAUACAUUGCAGCAACAUUAUGGCGGGAGAAGAGGAAGCCAUCUGAGGCAACAGGAAUAUAACUCUUCUAUAGAGAACAACCAGUACACUAGAAGGCUCUCCAAUUCCCAGGCAUCAAGUGGAUACAGCAGCUCCAGCAGUAACUCGAAUGGUGUUUACUACCGAGCAGAUCCAGACAGUGCCGAGAGACUGCGUCGAGAAUCGUAUUCCUCCACACAGAGCCCCACUCGUCGUAGUAGUCAAAUUGCCACCGAAGCUGACACUUCUGCAGAUACUCGCGGGUAUAUACGCUCUCCUGAAUCUUCAUGCACUCACAAUGCUGAUUAUGAGUACGACUCACGCAAUGCAAACUACCUGAGCCGGGAAGACACGGCUCCCAGGUAUACCAACGGCACUAACAACUCUCCCCUCACCCCUGAUAAUAAUGACAGCAAUACCACUAACAACAACCCACUAUGCCCCCUUCAUCGCCGUGCUACCCAGGAACAGCGUGAUCCUCGCUGGUGUGAUACCGAGGAAAGAGAGCGCGCUUACAGCCGAGGUGAUGGCUAUGGAUAUGCUGCUCCACCAUAUGAAACUCAGCGAAGUCCAGGAAGCUUUGAGCAGAGAACGGCACCUCAACAGGAUCCUCGUUUCACUCAGCAAGCUCCAAAUAGAGUACCAGCUGACAGCAGUGUUGUGGUACAGCAGCACUAUGAUAAUGCCUACCGUCGCGCAGAACAGCAGAUAGAUACCAUAACACGAGCUGUGGCCUCGGAACGGUCUUCCCCUACCAAGCCUUAUCCAGCCAGGCCUAAGACUCGGAAUGCCAAUUUGUUGUCUGCCGUGUUAUGUCUGAUCAAAGAACUUGACUACACAAGUCUAGAAGUAGUGGAGAUGGCUGUAAGGUGUCGUAUGGAGGAAUUAGAUGAUUAAAAGUAGCAGAGUGCCAAGAUCCUUGUCUUCUGUGGAGAGUAAAGUGAGGCGCCAGGUACACAGUCUACCCUCUUUCUCUGGCAUGUCUUAUGUUCGUGUGAUGCUUUCCACUUUCUUAUUUCGCAACCACCUCUGGUGCAAUUCCAGGGACCCACAGCCUAGAAGAAGAGAACAGAGCAUUCAGAGAAAAACUUGCUAUUUAACUCUGUAUAUGUGAGUGUUCACGUCUCCUACCACCCCUUUUUUUUAUGUUGUACUUUUUAUUAUACAGUACAAGGUUAUACAGUUACAUAUCUGAUUGUUUACAAAAGUAAAAGAGAACAUUAAGAGGAAAUAAGGGGAAGUUUGUUUCAUAGAGGCUGUAGAUUUCUUUGGAUUCGUCUGACGCCGGACAGGAACAGAGGAUCCAGCGGCAUUCCGGCUCUGGAUUGCUUCACUGAGGCGCUGGAAGAGAAAACUUGCCGCUCUAGGGUCUCUGGUAGUGUCAAUGAGCCUGGAACCAAGAUCCUUAAGAAACUUUCCUGCGUUCUCUCCCCAUGGACCUAAGGUCUCAGAUCCUAUUGGAUGGAAGUUGUACCGGUGAUCUAUUUCCCUGUACUUGGUUGACUUGUCUCUUUGUAUGUGUGUGUCGCUGCACGGCUCCUGCUUGGCCAACAGAGGUCAAUGUAUGUGGUUGCCAGGGUGGAUACACAAAUGUAGUCCCACGCCAACUGUCUGCCACCCUUCCAAGGAUGUAGUGCGAGUCCAUGAGGUCGGCCAGCAAAGAUAACAGCUAUGGUGCAAUAGAUUGUGAGGGCUCUAUUUCUGCUGGACACUGGGCAGAGGCAAGGCUCCUUUUAAUGAUGGCAUUGACUUAAUCAUGUCUAGAGUGCCAACCGCCAGAUUUUCUACAGUGCUGGCCAUGCAAUCCAUAUUCGUUUACCUCUUCCGUGCCACAAAUAUACCAAUGAACAGUGUGGAUAGGUGCAGGAAGGUGGAGAGUGACUGCAAUACGGAGCUGCUGUUGAUCAAGACGUGUGCCUGUCGCAGACAUACGAACUGCCAAAAGGAAGUCCCCUGCAUGGGGAGCCUGCACAGCUAUUAGGCGUGCACGAUCACUGGGGGAUUGUUGCGGCCUCCAGCAAAAUUGUGGCUUCUUUGAUUACAAUGGGGCUGUCCCAGUUGGAUUGUUUCUUAGCUUUCAACAUGGUCUGUGUGCUGGGUCUGCCAUGGUACCCAAUUUUGUGUCGCACUCCAUGCAGUGGGGCGUCCUGUAUCCAUGCUAAGUCACAAAGGUUGUCAGGUAGAAUUUCCUUAACCAGGUCAUCUGAUGCAGAGGAGGAAGACAGGAAGGCUGGGACAGCAAUUUGGGUGGCAGUGCCGACACCAAGCCGCCGAGCUUAACAGGAAGAGUGGCUUGUUUCCACUGGCAUUCGUUGAGGGAGAGGUUGACAACUUUUUCUAGCAUGGUAUUCAGCAAUAGGUCAUACUCAUCAAGCUUUGGGCUGUCGUAGGAUAGGGCGCACCUCAGAAAGUAGGUUAGCCUCGGAAGGGAUAGGCAUUUAGUGAAGAGAUAAAAAGCAUCGUGGGCAUCGAUGUCAUCUAUCAUGUUUUCCAUCCUGAGGUCUGAUUUUUUUAUCAAUACUGUAUU